UGUCAAGCGGCGGCCACCAACGUGGAGCGCGGCGGCCUCCUCCCGCCGGGCGUCGGGCGGGCUCCCGCCGUGCGCAGCCCUUAGGCGCCCGCGCUCCGCUCCCCUCGGCGAGGGCCGGCAGGCAGCGGGAGGACGCGCCGCAGCCGCCGUGCGGAGCUCGCCUGUCGGUCCGGGCCGCCGCUGCCCCUUCUCCUUCCCCCUCCGCCCCGCCGUUGGGAGCGGCCGCCGCCGCGCGCAGGGCCCAGCCAGCCGGCCCCGCCGCCGCCAUGGCGGAGACCGAGGAGAGGAGCCUCGACGACUUCUUCGCCAAGCGGGACAAGAAGAAGCGGAAGGAGAAAAGCAGCCGAGGGGCCGCCGCCGCUUCCAGCGCCUCCAACGCCGCCUCCAACGCCGCGGGGGCGGCCGCGGCGGCCGGGGGAGCGCGCCCGGCGGACGGCAGCGGCUCCGGGGCCGCCGCCUCCAACGCCGGCUCCGCCAAGACAGUGACCAAGGAAGAGGAUGAUUGGAAGGAGUUUGAGCAAAAGGAAGAAAUCGAUUAUAGUGGUCUUAGAGUUCAGUCCAUGCAAAUAAGUGAAAAAGAAGAUGAUGAGAGUGAAAAAAGAGAAGAACCCAAUGACAACUGGGAAGAGACUGGUGGUGGUGUAGACAGAUCAUCUGGUCCUUGGAACAAGUCAGCUCCUGCACCAGCACCUGUCGUUGAACCAAUUGUUACAGAAGCCCCCGAGCCAGUUGCGAGCGGCGGCGUGUACCGGCCGCCCGGCGCCCGGGAGGGGGGCAGGCCACGGAGGGCACAGCAAGGACCACCAGAGAUCUACAGCGACACGCAGUUCCCGUCGCUCCAGUCCACCGCCAAGCUGGUCGACAGUCGAAAGGAUAAAGAAAUGGAGAAGAGCUUUGAAGUAGUAAAACACAAAACUAGAGGUAGGGAGGAGGUUUCAAAAAACCAGGCACUUAAAUUUCAGCUAGAGAACCAGUAUGCUGUGCUUGGGGAUCAGUAGAGCUGCAUACCCAGUACAAUUAAGGAAUGCUCUUUUGGUAACCCUUCUACUAAGGUAACUAAACUACAGCUAACGGCUAUGAUGAACAUGCCACCUUAUUUCUGCUGGAUCUACUGCAGCAAGUGCAGACUACUUUGACAUAAGUGAUUGAUUCUCCUGCACUAUGGAAGCAUAUUGUUACAACUUCUCCAUUGGAUAUGGGGCAAAUUAAUGUAAAUGAAUUGAACAAGAGUCAUCGGUGUUCUUUAACUGCUCAGAAAGAUACCUACAGCCAGGGGUCAUUUCCAAAUCUUUUUAUGUUCAGAUACUGAGCCUUCGUAAAGGUUGACUACCUCAGACUUGCUGCACUCAUUGUGGACACCAUGUGGAUCACAACUUCUGGAAGAGAAGGUUACAGCUGUUUUAGUGGCCACCUGAAACUUGAAACCAGCUCUACUGGAUUCCUGUCAGAAAUCCUGCAGAAGUCAGCCAUUUGGUUCCAAUUUGCUAUAACAAAGAUUUAAGUGACCUUAAUGACAAACCUAUUCUGUUCCCCUUCUGAAGAAUCCUGUCACGUGGAGCCAUAGCCUACUAGAGACUCGUGGAGCGUUCCGUACCACUCAUACCAUCCAAGUACAACAGAGCUGUAGUUUGUUUACCUUUUUAGAUAGCUGUACUGAAGUAACUGCAAAACAAAUUAAAACUCAUUCAGUAUCAGAUUUGAGGAACGAUGGGUUUGAAUGGUCUGUUUGCAUUAGCCAUUUUCACAGCUGUCUCUAAGUGUUUCUUUCUUCUGUUCCCCACAAAACACCCACCUUGUUUCUGGGAUCAAUUUGCAGCACAUUUAAAUAACGAUGUUCAUAGUGAAAUAGGGUUUCAUUUGGUUUUCGCCGUGAGGUUUGUCUUUCUCACCCUAAAGCACUACGAUGGAUGAGUUUUGACUUAACACAGGUAUCCAGACUGCAACUACAGCCUUUGGAAUCUGUGUUCUAAAGAUGAGACGUGGCAGUAGUGAUAGGAGAUAAACAUUUUUCCUCUUUGAAAAAUAGUGAUUUGCUUGUUGAAGGGUAAUGGUUACUUGAUCACCAAAGUAACUUAGUAUGCAGAGGGACGACUAAAGCUGGUAAGCCUUACCUGGUUGGCUACUCCUGUGAAGCAUGCAGGCUUUUCGAGGCAGAAAUCCUCUUAAGUAAAAGGCAGUGACUUCUUGAAGUUGUUGGCCUCUGACUUAAUUCAGUGGAAGGAGGCAAAAUGGCACUGACACAUUAGGAACAUAGGACACUGCCUGCAACUGACUGAUGAACAAAACCUGUCCAGUACCAAACGUGUCCUGCUGUAACUGUUUUUCUCUUCUCUGAACUCUUACACCAGAAGGAGAAUGAAGUACAAUAGUGGUGUGCUCCAGUGUUGAGGUUUCUCAGAGUAAAUGCCAAAAAAUAGACCCGACGUGUAUAAGAGUUGCCAAUGGCAAAAACAACCCCAAGGGAACAAACCAAAACUUGCUUACGUGUGUGGGAGUACUGUGUAUGUGCAGAAGAUGAGGAUGAUGUGGGGCUCACCUCGUUGGGUUCCCUUUGACUAACUGCUGACUCGCUUUAAAGCUACUUCUCUGAGGCCAAGGGGAAUUUUUGCUGUUGAUGUCAGUGGGGCUGGGGUUUCACCUGGUUGGUUGUGCACAGCCUAAGACUUGCCUUGCCCUUGCAGAGUUAACCGUCUCUAAAACUCCUGCUCGAAGCUGCUAUUAAAGAGAGGGCUGAAGGGACUAUUGUUAAAGGUUGGAGAGUUCAUUUGGAAACAAAGCCCCACUGAAAGACUUGAUACCAAUACCUUGGACUCUGGGCCAUGUAUCUUUCUGGAAAAUACAUUGUUGCCAGCAAAAGUGUUGCUUUGUCACUAAAGAUUUCCGGUGAAUGGACAUGUUGCUUCAUGUGGUGAAAUGUGAAAUCUCAAAAUGCUUUUCCAGAUGCUCUAAAUGAGAUGACCAGUGCACAUGAAUCAAGUUUCAGUCUACUGUGUGAAGGGUAGAUGAGACUGUCCAUUGUACCGUCGUUAGUUGAGGUUUUUGGGCACGAGUUCUGGCAGUUUGAGAAAACCCUGUAACAGUUUGAAAUCAAAUAAAAUGGCAAUAUACAUGGA